GCAAGACCUUGCCGGCUGCCCUCAUCUAGAAGACAUCCAGCACGAGCUGAAGCACGCAGACAUGAAGCCAGGCCUGCUCAUCGGGCAAGACAAUUGGCACCUGCUCAUGGCGUCGGAAGUGCGAGCGGGACAGCGACACCAACCAGUGGCUUCACGCACACCACUGGGCUGGGUUUUACACGGUGCACACACGCGCGCACUGGGACAGCGCGUGCACUACGUGAACAACAUCAUCAACCUCGAAGACAGCAUGGACGAGCAGCUGAAGAGACACUUCGCGCUCGACUCAUUAACGAUCACACCGAAGACAACAAAGUCUGACCCAGAACAGCGAGCACUCGACCUGCUCACCAAGAACACCAUAGCACGAGACGACGGCCGAUAUGAAACGUCUCUACUGUGGAAGAAGGAUGACUUCAGCAUGCCAAACAACUACGAGAACACGCUGAAGAGACUUCACAGCAUCGAGAAGAAGAUUGAUCGCGACGCUGACCUCAAAGAAAAGUACGAGAAACAGAUGGAGAGCCUUAUUACAAAGGGCUACGCUGAAGUCGCGCCACCGACCACAUCAAACAAAGUGUGGUAUCUACCGCAUUUCGCAGUCGUCAAUCCGAACAAGGGCAAGAUUCGCAUUGUCCUGGACGAAGCAGCCACAUAUAAAGGCGUCUCACUAAAUGACCACCUACUCACCGGGCCAGACCUACUACAGUCGUUGCCGGGAGUACUAAUGCGCUUCAGACAGCAUGCAGUCGCCGUGACAGCUGAUAUCGCCGAGAUGUUCAUGCAGGUGAAGAUACGCGCUGAGGAUCGAGAUGCCCUUCGCUACCUGUGGAGGGGCAACAAGCGUGAUGGGCCGCCAACAGAAUACAGAAUGACGUCACUCAUAUUCGGCGCUACAAGUUCACCAUCAACAGCAAUCUACGUGAAGAAUAUUAACGCACUCAAGUACGAAGCCACUCACCCCGAGGCAGUAGACGCAAUUAUCAACAAACACUACGUCGACGACUACCUCGACAGCCACAAGACCGAAGAGCAAGCGAUCAAGGUGGCGCAGGACGUCCGCGACAUACACCGGCGAGGCCACUUCGUGCUGCGGCAAUGGGCAUCAAACUCCGAGGCAGUACUCAAAGCACUCGGCGAAACAGGCAACGAGCCCAUGAACAUUAAGAUCGAUGAUGGAUCAAGCGAACGAGUCCUAGGUCUCAUCUGGCGGCCAAAGUCCGAUGCGCUCGGUUUCAACCUAGACUUGGCGCGUCUGCCGCCUGCAGUCAUAGAUAAGAAGAUACCCACGAAGAGAGAAGCACUCAAGAUCGUCAUGUCGCUGUAUGAUCCGCUCGGAUUUGCCGCGCCUGUCACCGUGCGAGCAAAACAGCUACUUCAAGAGGCGUGGCGGCGCGGCACUACCUGGGACCAGCCAAUAGAUGAAGACCUCUCAGAACAAUGGCAACAAUGGAUGAUGCACCUGGAAGGGCUACGCCGUGUCUCAAUACCGAGGUGCUACGCCCGCUACAGCGACGCUACGAGUCUACAGCUACAUAUAUUUGUCGACGCGAGCGAGUCCGCAUACGCCGCCGCUCUUUAUUGGCGGGCGGUAACAGCAGAGGGUAAGACAUACCUAUCGCUCGUCAUAGCAAAGGCGCGAGUGGCACCGCUCAAGCUCACUUCGAUCCCGCGCCUCGAGCUACAAGCCGCCGUUAUGGGCUGCCGUAUGGCCGCAGCCGUCAUUGAAGAACACCAAGUUAAGCCCGAAUCGAAGACCUUCUGGACCGACAGUAAGACGGUGCUGACAUGGCUGAAGAACGGCUCAAGAUCGUACCGCCCGUUCGUCGCGCACCGCAUAGCUGACAUCGAGGAAAACAGCUCUACAAAUGAAUGGCGCUGGAUACCUACGAAACUCAACGUGGCCGACGACGCUACAAGGGAUGUGCCACGCGACUUCGACGCUGACCACCGAUGGUACAAGGGCCCAUCCUUCUUACUCGAGGACCCUACUGCCUGGCCGACGGAAAAACCACUUCUAACGAAGAAAACAGGCGAAGAGAAAACGACCUCAGUUACCGAAAAGUCUGCACAACUAAAAGAAGCGCUGCCAGACUACAACCGUUUCUCUAAGUGGGAAAAACUGCUACGAGCUACAGCAAGAGUUUUACACUUCAUACAGCUGUGCCGGCCACGUGAUCAGCGAGUCAACUACAAAAGAACUGCGAAAAAUAGCGAAAAAGACCCUGACUGGCGCAAGAAAACAGCUACGAAACCGAACAAGCGUGCGACAGUGAAAACUACAGAAGACAGAAAAUACCUCCCGCUCACCGGGCAGCUACUACGUGAGGCGGAAAUACUACUCGUACGCCUAAGUCAACAGCAAGCCUUCGACUCAGAAAUAGAAGACUUACAGAAAAACAGAACCCUGAACGCGAGAAGCAGGCUGCGCCACCUUGCGGUCGUCGCUGAAAAUGGAAUACUACUAUUGAAAUCGCGAAUCGGCCGUACACUCAAUAUAGAACAAGGAGUCAUCAGCCCUGCAAUACUCGACGGCAAUCAUCAAAUCACCAAACUGUGGAUCGACUACACACACCGCCAGCUGAUGCACGCAGAAGCCGAAACUACAGUUAAUGAGUGCAGACAGCACUACUGGAUACUCCGCCUUCGCACAGUGGUGAAGAUGAUGAUUCAUCGAUGUCGACCAUGCCGCAUCAGGAAAGAUUCACCCCCGCAGCCACCUACAGGAGACCACCCAUCGAGCCGCCUUGCACACCACUGCAGGCCCUAUACCUACACCGGCCUGGACUACUUCGGGCCUCUGACAGUCACCGUGGGCCGCACUCUACAGCUGAUGAAGCGGCCCAACAGAAGAUCAACUGGCGCUACAUACCUCCUGGGGCUCCUUUCAUGGGUGGGGCCUGGGAGAGACUGGUGCGGUCAGUGAAGACCGCCCUUUACGCCGUCCUGAACGAGCAGCACCCAGCCGAAGAGGUGCUGCGCACACUGCUAGCCGAGGCAGAAUACGCAGUAAACAGCCGCCCGCUCACGCAUGUGUCACUCGAGCCCGACGACCCCG